CGUUGGGGCCCUGCGUAAAUCAUCUGCAGGGACGUGCAAAUCCGGCACAGCAUGACCUGGGUGGGCGUUAAAUUUUUGAAGCUAUUUAUAAAAAAAACUUUAUACCAAGACAAUUGUUUCACCGCUGGUUCCGAGGCCGAGGCCGUGGAAUCAGAAUCAUUGCUGCUGUGGUUGCUGCUGUAGCUGUAUGUUUCCAGAAGAAAGUGAUGCAUACCCCGCAUGAAACAGCUCAGGUUCCAUCAACCUCAUUCGUCAUCGUAGAACUUGGAUUACCGAGCAAGAUCACAUAAUCAUCCGACAACUAUAAAGCUUCAUAUUCAAAGGAUUCAUCGUGGUAGCCUUGCUACUUCAUUCAAGACUCUGUGCUUCAGCCAAAUAUCAUCACUUUUAUCACACACACUACUGCAAGAAUCAUCACACCAUGCAUGCCACAGCUACUGUGAACGGGCAGGUGAUUGCCGAGACUGACAACUACGAAGUUGUUGAGGGAAAUAUUUAUUUCCCUCCGGCUUCUGUUGAUCAGAAGGUCUUCACGAAGUCUGACACUCAUACCCAUUGCCCUUGGAAGGGCGACGCCUCCUACUACAAUAUCACCACCGGCAAGACUGAAUUGAAAGACGCUGCCUGGUAUUACCCAGAGACGUUUGAGAAGGCGAAUCACAUCAAGAACUAUGUUGCAUUCUAUAAAACAAAGGUCGACGUGAAGUCUGAGUAGGCUUCUAUGGGAAGCUACUGCAUGGCAAAUUAGCAGUUGCCUUUGUCAUUGUGGAACAGAGAUUAUGGACUUUUUUGCUUUCAUUUUCCCGAAAUCAUUUGUUCUGAGGAUAUUCAAUGAAGAGAGGCUGAGUGGAUCUCUUCGAAGCUAUGCCAAUGCUGAUUUCUCAUUAUAUCAUGAAACAAAGAUAGCUACACAAGUUCUUUGAAGUCUAUUAUUUGCUAUG